GUUGGGAACUUUGGGUAUGACACCCGGCAAUCGGAGCUGGAGCGGUUAUUCGCAAAAUAUGGGAGAGUUGAAAGGAUCGACAUGAAAUCUGGAAUUUCUACUAAGGAAAAUGAGCCAAGCUACUAUAUCGGCUCACCACCAUCUGUGCAUAAUAAUUAAUUUGGAAGGAAACUUCCUGCUAGCCUCUCCUACAGAUAGCAUCAUCCUGAUUUUUCUUCAAUCAAUCAUUCGUCAUUCAUCUACCUCAUCACUUAAGUUGCAUUCACCAGGAUCGUCUUAAUGGAUUGAUCUUUAUCUCAUGCCUCAUCAAUUAAGUUGCAAUUCACCAGACUCGUCUUAAUGGAUUGAUCUUUAUCUCAUGCCUUGCCUACCUAUCAUCACUGAUCAUAGGACAUGACUGAAAUCUGGCCAUGCCUUCCAUAUGAUAAUAGUGGCUGAAAUGAAAUCUGUCAUGCCAUGCCAUGCCUUCCAUUUCUGAACUCGUGCUGUGUGAAAGGCGAAGCAUGGUUGAAAUUUUGGAUUUAAACCUUUAGUAUGCAACCAUCUUAGUUCAUCAUGCAACGUCUCUACCGCUAUAUGUGCAUCAGUCCUCCCAUAUUUGCAGGUUUUGCUUUUGUUUACUUUGAAGAUGAGAGGGAUGCGGAAGAUGCCAUUCGUGGCCUUGAUAAUAUGGCAUUUGGUUAUGAUAGACGCAGAUUGUCUGUGGAAUGGGCUAGGGGUGAACGAGGUCGUCAUCGUGAUGGAUCCAAGUCAAUUGCAAAUCAGAGGCCAACCAAAACUCUGUUUGUGAUCAACUUUGACCCAAUUCGUACCAGAGUCCGUGAUAUUGAAAGACACUUUGAACCUUAUGGAAAGGUCCUCAAUGUUCGCAUAAGAAGGAACUUUGCAUUUGUGCAAUUUGAGACACAAGAGGAUGCAACUAAAGCCCUUGAGUGUACCCACAUGAGCAAAAUAUUAGACAGGGUUGUGUCUGUUGAGUAUGCUUUGAGGGACGAUGGUGAGAGGGGUGACCCGUUUGAUGAGAGCCCUCGAAGAGCAGCUUAUGGACGACCUGGGGACAGUAGUCCUUAUCGGAGGUCACCUAGUCCUGCAUUUCGACGUCGACCUAGUCCUGACUAUGGCCGAGCUCGCAGCCCUGCGUAUGAUAGGUAUAAUGGCCCUUACGAACGCCGCCGGAGUCCUGAUUAUGGUCGAAAUCGAAGCCCUGAAUAUGGUAGAUUUCGUAGUCGUUCACCCAUUCGGCGGUCAAGAACCUGAAGGAAAUCAACGUUUAAGUUUCAGUUACAUUCUUAGGUUUAGGGAUAUGAUGGAGUGUUUAAGAUAGUGACUAGUUCUCUGUACAACCCGUAUUGUUGGUAGUUCAUUCUAAGACAAUGAGAUACACGUUUAUCUCUGUUUAACUAGCUGGGUGAUGUUAGUACAUGUCAAGGUGAUUGUGUUGUCUCCACUGUCAAUGCUAAUUCCACUUUAAUUACAACGUUGGAACAGUUUUAAUGGUACGGUAGUUUUGCGAAAUUAUCCAUCUUUGAUAAUGUUUUAUUA